CUUGCUUCACAGUGUUUCGCCGGACCCUCCUGUAAACUCAAUGUUAAUGGUCUUGGCAGUUUGGCAUUCCCUUCUCCUCCUGCAUCCUCGACUCCUAGAGUCCUAGACUCUCCGUUAUUUAUACUGACCUAUUCCCCAACUUCACAAUAUCAUCUCUCUCAACGAAACUUGAACGAUCAUCAUGCCGUCGGACAUACCGAGCAGUGACAUCCCUCUCUACUUCCUCGCUAUAUUCUUACCUCCAGUAGCUGUAUUCCUCAAGCGAAAAUUUGAACUUGAUUUUUGGAUCAACAUUCUACUCACCUUUCUUGGAUGGAUUCCCGGUGUCUUGCACGCUUGCCCGCUUUCCAGCCAUUCAACACCUCAAUCCCAAUUCUUCCGCUGUAUCGAUAUCUUUACUGAACAUAGUGUACAAUAUGUAGCAAAGCGUCAACCAAUCGACUCGAUAGUCUCGUAGUUUAACAAAGGACUCAUGAUGCCAUUUCAACGAUGCUUAUUGGUAUGCCGGGUGAACUUCAUCGUGAAGUUGAGCGAAACGCCAUAAACAGGAUAUAAUCCACAACCAAGGAAAGUACAACACAGAAAACACGGGAUAUCAAAAGCAGACGAAAAAAGAUACUACUAACUACAUAGUGUAAAAGCUGAACACCAACAAGAGAAAACCAAAGAACUUGAAAAAUGACACACAUAGAGCGGUCGAAAACAGAGAACAAUUGAAGAUCAUUGCUAUCAGUCAACCUUCUUUGCCUCCCCGUUCUCUAUCGGUUUCCGUCGUUCCAGAACUUGAACCCAUUUCUUUGGGAACCAGCCCUCCCGACCUUCUCUUGUACGGCCUUUCCACCACUCACUCUCGACCUGGAUUCAGGAGAUGCAUCAGCACUCAGGCAUAGAAAUAGAAGAGAAAUACAAUGAAUGGGCACGUACCUCUAACCGAGGGUCAACUUCAGCCCCUGUAGCAGGAUCCAAUUUCCCCAUGAUCGCCACAAUCUCAUUCUCC